AGCUCCUCUCUCUCUCUGCCGGCGGCGGAAGACCGCGGCGGCGGCGGCGGCUGGUGGCGGACCCCGAGGAUCGCGGCAGUCGCUGGCGAUGCAGCGGCGGCCGUGAGACCCCCGCGGGGAGACCCGUUCGCUCGGCCCUCAAGACUUCGGGGGCACUCGCUUCGCACAAAGGUGUUCGUCGCGGAGAGGAUGGAAGAGCACCAGGCCACGUUUUUAACGCAGCUGCUGCACUCGUGCGUGCUGCCCACAACCGUGCAGGGCCUUGAGGCCAUUUGGGCCCUGCUCUUGCUCUGCCUCCUCAUCCGCGCUUACUGCCGCCUGAGUGUGCCACCAUGGACCAAGCACCUGUGCUGCGUGGCUGCCGGCUUCUUCAGCCUCUACCACUUCUUCAGCCUCAACAUGGUGUGGGUGGUGCUGCUCAGCCUCAUGUGCUACGUCAUCCUCUUCCUGUGCCGCCACUCAAGCGUGUGCGGCGUCUGCCUCUCCGUCACCGUGCUCAUAUACCUGCUCAUGGGAGAGAUGCACAUGGUGGACGCGGUGAACUGGCACAAGAUGAGAGGAGCGCAGAUGAUCGUGGCGAUGAAGGCCAUCUCGCUGGGCUUCGACAUGGACCGAGGGCUGGUCCCAGGCCUGCCCUCUCCGCUGCAGUUCAUGGGCUACAUCUACUUCGUGGGAACCAUCAUCUUCGGCCCGUGGACCAGCUACCACCAGUACCUGAACGCCAUUGACAGUGCACCGAUGGACUGGCCUUGGUGUAAGAAGUCUCUGAUCAGCCUGACCAAGUCCAUCUGCUGCCUGGUGGUGUCCACAUGCCUGGCACCGUAUCUCUUCCCAUACAUCAUCCCCAUCUACAGGUUGGGGUUCCUCAACAAGAAGGGGAAAAAAAGACGGAAGAUAAGGGCCAGAUUGCCAAGGUGGCUCAACGCGUACCAGACGGCGCUGUCCUUCCACUUCAGCAGCUACUUCGUGGGCUUCCUGUCGGAGACGAGCUGCACUCUCGCCGGAGGGGGCUACUCCGAGGAGAAGGAUCAUGUCAAGUGGGACAUGGACGUCUCCCAUCCGCUCAACAUUGAAGUGCCGAGGUCCAUGGUGGAAGUCGUCACAAGCUGGAACAUUCCCAUGUCUCGCUGGCUCAACACGUAUGUCUUUAAGAAUACCGUGCAGCUCGGCACAUUCCCUGCCAUCCUGGUGACGUACGCUGCCAGCGCCCUCCUGCACGGUCUGAGUUUUCACCUGGGCGCUGUUUUGCUGUCGCUCGGACUAGUAACCUACACGGAGCACGUGCUGAGGAAGAAGCUGGCGGGCGUAUUCAGUGCGUGCAUCCUGUCCCGGCGGUGCCAGCCCGAUUGCCAGCACCGGCACAAGCAGACGGUGUGGGUGCGGCUGGCAAACCUCUGCUUUGGAGCGCUGACCCUCUUCCACCUCACCUACCUGGGCUCCCUGUUCGAGACGGACUCUGAAUCUCUCGAGGAGGAGGGUUACAACAUGGCUCACACUAUCGCCAUGUGGUCCAGCCUCGACUGGGCCAGCCACUGGGUCACAGCCGCAUGUCUACUCUUCUACAAGCUCAUCUGACCCCGUGGCACUCUGGACCCCGGCCCCUGCUCCCCCGCGAACCUCGGACCCGCAACGAUCAUUAUUCCGACCUCUCCCAGAGAGAGAGAGGGAGAGGGAGGGCCUGCGGCGACUCCUCUCACGGUUUGCUCCUGCUCACAUCCGCGAUGAGAAAUCUCUUUGCGUUGUGACGAUGAGAAAUAUUUUACUACGACGAGAUGUGUUUUGAUUUUUUUUUUUUGUAUCGAUACGUAUGUUUGGAUUGACCGCCGGCAAGAUAAGGUAUGAACAAAAAACUAGAACAAGCCGGGGAUCACCUGUCGUAGAUGGUUGAGGUUAUGUGUGUUCGGUGUAGCUUAACAUUACAUAUGUAGGAGGUUAUUUUUUAUAGUAUUAUUCAUUAAUGAUGAUGUGGAAACCACACUAUUGGAUAUUGAUGCAUUCUGCAAGAAUUGGUGGUAAUUUAACAUUUCAUUGUAGGAACUUUUUUUUAUACUAAAACACUAAGGCACAAUUGUGGCAUUGAGGUAGUUUGAGUUUCGUUCAUAUAUAUAGUAUAUCACUCUUGCUUUUGUGGCAGUUGAGCUAAUACAUAUUGAAAUAUUUAUACCAUUACUGUCAGUGGAAGGAGUUAUGUGACGGUUAUUGAGUAUGGAUGGCUACUAUGGCCAUGCACCUAAUCGAAUUAAUCAGGGGAUUGAGAAUCGUGAAUUUUGGGCAAUACGUGGCAUGCACAGGGGCAAUUGUAACCAGCUCUCACUAUUGCAUAAAGACGAAUUGCCAUGGAAAAAAAAAACCGAACUUUUCAUUUGUAGUUUAUAACAAUCGUAAGGUAAGGAGAGGGCUAGCAGCGGUGACGGGCGAGCGAUUGUUGCCACCUAUCACAGCCUGCCAAGCGCAGGCCUCGAGACGUCGCUACCGAAGCGCCGCGGACGGAUCAAACGGAACGGGAACGCUCAACGACGCGGGCAUGGCCAGCACAAGCCGGGUGACGACGAGAAGUCGCGCGCGGACGCACGUGGGCACUGUGCUCGUGGUUAAAUUGCUAACGGAAUAACCGUUUGCGGGCAGCGUAAAGCCGUGCCACUGCACCAACUUGUGCAUGCACACACGCACGCUCACGCACGCGUGCCAAGGUGAUGUCACUCCAGGUGGGAGCUGCACGCAACUUGGUGGGGGAUUUUUUUGUUGUUGUUUAAACACUCGUUCACAAUCCGUUAUUGAUUUUGGGAUCUGAUCGCGUUAAUAAAAUGUGUGUCGUACACCCUUUUCCACCAGUUAAUAAAGUGUCGAGCUGGGCAGUGGUGGCUAAGCACAUGGCCUGUCAUCCAGCACUGUGGGGACACAGCGAGAUUUGGUGGAUUGCACGGACGUUGUAAAGCUCCCCCGUGGGCGUCGAGGUGCCACGCCCGGGCUCGCCAGGAGAAGGCAGUGCAGCAAGUUGAUUAAUCUCCAUCUGUUUCCAUCUGUAUGGGGGACGGAGUGUUGGCCCGCAUGCGACCGUGGUGGGUUUUCUCCAGAUGCUCUGGUUUUCGCCGCCUUGUAUAAACCACUCAAUUAUUGCCUGAAAACGUCUUAAAAAUAAGAACCCUUCCUGAAAAAAGGUCGCCCAAGUCAUUGUGGCUUUCCUGAAUAAAUAAGCAAACGAUUAAUGUUUUUGUUACGCGAACGUGCCAACGUAUCACCGCUUCAGCACCACCGGUGUGUCGAAAAGAAAUCCGCACUGUUUCAACAAUUGCAUGAGUGCUCAAAAGUAGUAUGUUGAACCUUCUUUCACACCGUACGUGGCCAACCCGUGCUAAAUCGGAGGCGUUUAGUGGCCAUGUCCCCUUCGAAGUGUCAAUCGUGUAAAUGUACGCACACAAGGGGAGUGACUCGCUUGUGCUCAUUUGGAAAAAAAAACGUGGCCUGGCGGAACGCCUCCUCCGCGGAACGGACAGCUACACCUGGGCUUGUUUGUGGGACACCUGGGGAGUGAUGCCACUUUUUCUUCUUCUUCAACAUUGCUUCCGGUAAAACACGAGCACAACAACCCAGAAUUGCUUGCAGCGAUUUGCCCUGCUAAAACAUUGUAUCGCUCGUUAUUUACUGAAAGGACAUCGGUUCCACUGGAAGGAAGAGAACAAAAAUAGGCAUACAUCUUUUUUUUUUAAUGCCUCUAUCGUGCACGCGAUUUUUUUUGGUCAUCAAAAGAAAAGUUGCCGCCCACCGUGUUGCCACGAGAACGACGACUAGAAUUGCCACGUGGGUUUUGAGAGAGUUGCGCUGCCGUUGCGUUUGCUCCGCAGUCAGGGACACCGACUUACUCGGCGUUCUGCGUACAUUGUGGUCGCGGCGGGCACGAGGCGGUGGUGGCCGAAUAUUCCCUGGGCCACACGACCAAGACGAACACAGCUGCCCGAAACCAACCCCCCCAUCACCCCGCCACGUGACUCGUCCAGAAUCCCCGACGGCAUUGAACGAAGCGACCGCGCGCAUGUUUCACGAUGUACUCUUGUCGGGGCACGACGACAGCCUGCAGUACACUUUGAAUAAGAGGUAGCGCAAGGGAUAUUUUUUUUGCAUGUUUAAAUAAAGAAACAGCUGCUCCGUUGUUCAGA